UCGACGCAGAGUCCUGCGACUAAAGACAACUCUUGUUUCCAACCUGCGGGAACACGUAAUUUUUGACGCACCAGCUCACUGGAUCUUGAGAGCGGAUUAUACAGCAUAUUCGGCUGUUCCACGUGCGACUAUGGAGAGGCAAUUUUAAUGAGUCUUACUUAAAAUUGUUUUGUGAGGGAAAUAAGAUGCGACUUGUUGGAAACGGACUGACACUCCUCGCUGUGUUGCUGAGGAUCUGCGGCAGUUUGACAGUCAAGGAAAAAGUUUGCAAGGGAACCAGCAAUCAAUUGGCUCUGCUGGGGACGUACGACGAGCACUAUGACAACCUGGUCAGGGUGUACACCAACUGUACGGUGUUGCUGGAGAACCUGGAGAUCACCUACAUCCAGCAGCACCGCGACCUCUCCUUCCUCUCCUCUGUUCGGGAAGUGGGCGGGCAUGUCCUAAUUGCCAUCAACAAGGUAGACACCUUCCCAUUGGCCAAUUUGCGGCUUAUCAGGGGUCACACCCUCUAUGAAAAGAAGUACGCCCUGGUGGUGAUGGCAAACUAUGACAAGAACAACACUUCAGAGACCCUGAACUACACCAGUGGACUGAGGCAACUGGAGCUCAGUGGACUGACUGAGAUUAUGAAGGGGGGUGUGAAGUUUGCCAACAAUCCUCUGCUGUGUAAUGUUGAAACCAUUCAGUGGUCGGAUAUUGUGGACCAAUCAACUCAUCCCAGAAUGCAGUUCAUGAAUCAAACCUUUCCACGCAAUUGUGGAAAUUGUGAUCCAAGUUGCAAUGGCUCCUGUUGGACUGCUGGACCUCAGCACUGUCAGACAUUCACUAAACUGGUUUGUGCAGGCCAGUGUUCUGGAAGAUGCCGUGGUCCCAAACCCAAGGACUGCUGCAACGAGCAGUGUGCUGCUGGCUGUACAGGUCCCAGCGCAACUCAGUGUCUGGUUUGUAAGACCUUCAGUGACGAUGGCGUGUGUAAGGAGAACUGUCCCCGGCUCAUGAUCUACGACCCCAUCCUGCACCAGCUGGCCCCCAACCCCAACGCCAAGUACUCCUUUGGCUCCGCCUGCGUCAAGUCCUGCCCCCAUCACUAUGUGGUCACGGACGAUGGAGCGUGUGUGCGAUCGUGCAGCGCAGGAACGCGCGAGGUCAAGGAGAAUGGAGUUCAGCACUGCAAGAAAUGUGACGGGCCCUGUCCAAAAGCUUGUGACGGGGUGGGGGUGGGCUCCCUGCAAGGCGCGAUCAGCAUCAACGCCUCCAACAUUGAGUCCUUCCGGAACUGCACCAAGAUCAACGGCGGUGUGCCCCUGAACGCUAUCACCUUCAGCGGAGACAAGUACGACAACAUCCCCCCCAUGGAUCCUGCCAAACUGGAGUAUUUUAGGACAGUGAAGGAAAUCACUGGGUACUUGUUUAUUCAUCAGUGGCCAGAGAACAUGACCUCUCUGGCCGUCUUCGAGAACCUGGAGAUUAUCCGAGGACGGCACACACACAACCAGUACAGUCUGGUGGUGGUCCGAGCCCCCCACCUGCGCUGGCUGGGCCUGCGGUCCCUCAAGGAGAUCAGCGCGGGGAAGGUGAUCAUCAAGCAGAACCCGUUGCUCUGCUACACCGGGCCCCACCUGUGGGCCCGCCUGCUGCACGCCAGCGGAGAGACCGUGAUCGUGAACAACUCCAACCAGACCACCUGUGAGAUACAGAAUCAAACCUGUGACCCUGAGUGUACAGAUGCAGGCUGCUGGGGGCCUGGCCCCGACAUGUGUAUCUCCUGUCUACACUUUAACCGCAGGGGGCGCUGUGUAGUGCUCUGUAACCUGCUGGAAGGGGAGCCCAGAGAGGGAUUAGUCAACAGCAGCUGUGUACAAUGUCACCCAGAAUGCCUUGCAAAGAGCGGAACGCCUACCUGUCACGGCCAGGGGCCCGACCAGUGUUUCGAGUGUGCCCACUCAAAGGACGGCCCCCACUGUGUAGGCCGCUGUCCACACGAGGUCCCUGUCGACGGGGAGACGGUGAUCUCCAAGUACGCAGACGCUCAGGGACUCUGUCAGCCCUGCCACCAGAACUGCACCCAGGGGUGCUCAGGACCUGGACCGGCUGGGUGUCAUAGCAGGGCCCCUGUCCAAUCGCUGAUGGCCCUGGGCAUUGUGGGCGGGCUUCUGGUGGCUGUCGUCCUAUGGCUGGGGGUCUCAGUGUUACUGCGGCGACGUCACAUCAAAAGGAGGAGGACCCUACGUCGCCUUUUACAAGAGCGAGAACUGGUGGAGCCCGUGACCCCCAGUGGGGAGGCCCCCAACCAGGCCCUGCUGAGGAUCCUGAAGGAGACGGAGAUCAAGAAGGUCCGGGUCCUUGGCUCAGGGGCCUUCGGGACCGUCUUCAAGGGUCUGUGGAUUCCCGAUGGAGAGAACGUGAGGAUCCCGGUGGCCAUCAAGGUUCUCCGAGAGGCAACAUCUCAGAAAGCCAACAAAGAGAUCCUGGAUGAGGCCUAUGUGAUGGCCAGCGUGGACCACCCUCACGUGUGCCGCCUGCUGGGGAUCUGCCUGACCUCGUCGGUGCAGCUGGUCACCCAGCUGAUGCCCUGCGGCUGCCUGCUGGACUACGUCCGCCACCACCGGGAGCACAUCGGCUCCCAGUGGCUGCUCAACUGGUGUGUUCAGAUCGCCAAGGGGAUGGGCUACCUCGAAGAGCGCCACCUAGUGCACCGGGACCUGGCCGCACGCAACGUCCUGGUGAAGACCCCCCAGCACGUCAAGAUCACUGACUUUGGCCUCGCUAGGCUGCUGGCCGCCGACGAGAAGGAGUACCACGCCGACGGAGGGAAGGUUCCUAUCAAGUGGAUGGCCCUGGAGUCCAUCGUCCAGUGGACCUACACGCACCAGAGUGAUGUGUGGAGCUACGGUGUGACCAUGUGGGAGCUGAUGACCUUUGGCUCCCGGCCCUACGAGAGCAUCCCGGCCAGCGAGAUCUCCUCCAUCCUGGAGAGAGGAGACCGCCUCCCCCAGCCGCCCAUCUGCACCAUCGACGUCUACAUGAUCAUGGUCAAAUGUUGGAUGAUUGACUCCUCCAGUCGCCCCAGGUUCAGAGAGCUGGUGGUAGAGCUGUCCAAGAUGGCCAGAGACCCUUCCAGAUACCUUGUCAUACAGGGGGAUAGGCGCAUGCACCUGCCCAGCCCCACCGACCCCCGGUUCUUCUCCCGCAUGGUGAGCAACGAGGGCCUGGAGGAGAUGGAGGACCCAGAGGGGGCGGAGGACCCUGAUGAGUACCUCCUGCCCAGCAAGGGACAGGACGCCAACAGCAGCUACCCACACCGCUGUAGCACGAACAGCCACUCAGCGAGGGGCAACAGCUUUGUGUUGCGAUACAUCAGCGACCCGACCCAAACCACCCUGGAGGGCGACGACCUCACCCCUGGCCCAGAGUACAUGAACCAGAGUCACGGGGGGAGCAGCCUCAGCAGCCGGCUAUCGGAGGUGGUGAACCCCAACUACGAGGACCUGGGCUGGGGCGCCUCGGCGCUGCCCGCCACCUUGGAGGACGCCAGCUCAUCGCCCGAGGCCACGGAUGAACCCAAGCGGCUGACCUGCUUGUUUGAGGCACCGGAGUACCUGAACAUAGCGCAGACUCAGAGCUUCCUGCUUCGCUACGCCAACGACAGCCUGGACAACCCGGACUAUCAGGCGGACUUCUUGCCGGUCAGCGCCACAAACAGUAGCAGCCGGUUUCUCCCAGCAGUGGAGAACCUGGAAUAUCUGACCCUGAACACUGCAGUGCAGCCUCCUGUCCGCUAGGGGGCAGUAUUAGCGGACUCACUCAUUCAAAAGUCAUUCUUUGGUCUCUCAAACUAAAUGAUUUAUUGAAGACAUGCAACUGCUAUCCGGUUGGAAACUAUCUAUUAAGAACUGGUAAUUUAAUAUUUUAAAUACAACCUACAUUUGAGGAGAACCAACUGUUUAAAGAGUUCCACUGCUUCAUGCUCUUAGAAUUGGAGGUGUUGUUUACCUUACGACCAAGGAUACUAUAGCCAAAGACACCAUAUAAAAGCAAUGCCCCUUUUUCCAGCGAAUAUUCACUCAUAUUAUUUUACCAUUCCUACACAACUCAACAGCUGCAACUGCCAAACUUGAGAAAAAUAUAGACGAAGACUUGAUUAUUUACUUCAAAUCCAAAUCGUAUCACUGUAUCUUCCUCUGCGGAUUCAUUUUCUCUUUUGAAUAAUUUUCUCAGAUAAAAUCUGAGUGGCAUAUUACAUUGUCUUUAAUAGCCAAAACCAGUUCAACAAAUUCCAUAUGACCAAAGAGAUAUUCGUUGAACGAAUGGUUGCAUCUGGAAUAACAGUUUGGUUGGUAAAUGCUAUUGAAAAUUUGAAAGAAAUGUGAGUGCAAACUGUUCUUUACGGGUAAUAUUUGUGUAUAUUAGAGAUUAAGUUAUGAAUGAGUCAGACAGAGCAGGCAUCUCAAUAUCCAUGGUUUAACUUUAUUAUACCACUUAAGUAUUAUUUUAUCAAAGACAUAUUUUAAUCCCUAACUCAAUUCGAUUUAUUUAAGAGUUAAAGAUCACACUGUAGAACAUAUAGCAUGCUGAGUCAGCUUUUAAAUACAAAUACAAUUAACAAACCAAUUUCAUCGGCAUACACUACAAAUGUGCAUGCUUCGAAAAUAAUUGCCAAAUGGAAUUACUUUCAACAUUUGGCCCUUCAAUGAGACAAAGGAAUUGUGUGUUUCUUGUUUGGAAUAUUUACAAUUGGAAUGAGAGUAACAUGGCUUGUUUUUAGGUUUCUGUUUUUGACUCUUUUUUUAUGUCAAUUUAGGCUGGACACUGCACAACCAGAUCAAUGUGAUUGUAUGACUUUUCUAAGAUGUAAAUGUGAAUGUAACAUUGAUGUCCUUAAUUGUGGUAGAAAGUCCACUGGUAUGCAAAUAAUACCCUGAAAAUUGUCAGUGGACAAGGCCUCACUUAGGUUGUCUUUAACAGCGAUGCAUGUUGAGCCUAAAGGCCUACUGUGAUUGAGGAAGAUGAAGUGGAAGGCACUGGAUAAAUGAGCUACUUCAGAAUGAAAGCCAUCUUUCUCGCUUAGCGCUGUCCUGUCGGACAUUAAAUUGCAAUUUUGUGGCUACAUCAUUUUUAUAGUUAUUUAGUCUUGAAUGCAACAAUCCUUUGUCAACGUUUAUCACCACCAUCACUUGUUUUCAUGUAACUACUUGAGAUUUAAAAAAAAAAUUUUUCAACAACUCUGUUUUGGCACCUCAAGUAUUCUGCUUUGGGUGCAGCUACGGCGCCACCUACUGUUAGAGAUGUGUAUCACAAUGACAAAAUGUAAGGGAACAUAACGGGUUUAAUACUUGAUUGUUUAAAACAAUUGAUCUCAACGGUGCAAUGGGCCGCUAAAUGUGAAUUCAAAGGCAGUUGACAGCUUCUAUCAGCUAUUUCUUUGUAGUCAAAGUUAUUAUUUGUAAUUAUUUGUACAUUUAGGAAGUAUAGUCUUUUGUACUGUGUAUGUUUUGCUGUGAGUGUUGUACAUUGUUAGCUAUCUUUGAUAAUGUCUCUUUUAUCGGUUUGUAGUUAGCCUAAAAUAUUUUCUCUUGAGGAGAGAAGAAACACUUUACUUUUUUCCUUCUAUUUCUCUUACCCCCACUUCCAUUGCACAGACUGACAUUUAAACUCACUUAUUACGAUCAUCAUUAAGAUAAAAGGAUUGUGUAUUGUGAAAAUGAAAAGAAAAAAGUUGUGGGUGCACCGUCUUCCCCAUCUUCUCCUAUUAGCACAAACACAGACCCAAAACCUUCCUCACACUCUCACAUACUGCUCCUCCUUGCCUCUACCUUUCCCCGCGGCUCUUUGUACUUCGCUUUACUUUCAAAUAAAGUGUU